UGUAAGCUAGACUCCCUCCUCGACCCCAAGCACAACGUCAUGGCAUGUAUUGGUCUGGGCUCAGCUUCGCAGGCUGUUUCACGCCUUGACGUUGCCCAAGACAGUCUAGUUUUUAUUUAGUUCGAAUAUUUUUGCCUUCAACUUGAUUUACAAAGGGAACCAAGAGGAGCAAUUGCUUGGGAUUCAGACUUCAGUGGAUGCAACGUUUUUAGCUGAAUACAGUGAGAAAAAUAAAUAAAAUAGUGACUCCUGGGAGGAAGGGAAACCUCUGGAGAAGACUGCUGUCAAUUGGGCCCAAGGGAAGCAAUCGAUCCCUGUUACAAGCCUGAGUCAGGAUAAGAAAAGCAGUCAUGCUCGACGGUGAAGGGGAGACCAGCAGCUUCUCUUCUACGAAGCAAGCAGCGGAGGAGAGGCGCAAGUCUCCAGCUGUGGAUGGGGACGAUCCGACUGCCGGUAGCAGGUAUACAGAACACGGGCUGGCUGCUGAUCGAUACUACAUCCCUCCCGCGGUUACUAAACAGAGCUCAGAAAGCGAGUCCCUGCCCUACACCCCUGGUGGGACGGUGUACACCCCGUCCGGCGCUGGCAGGUACCCAUCAUCUAUCCACCUGAGCUCCAUACUGCCUCCCGCGGGGUUUUCUCCCACCACAGCCGGCCGCACUCACUUCAGCUCCACGUACCAGCUCGGGCAGAGCACCGGCUGCAUCUACCCACCCUACACCGGCUCAGGGUCCGCUCUGGGCGGCAUGACUCUACCCACAGCGGGCCCGGGGAUGAGGGCCCAGGUCUACCUCUGCAACCGACCGCUGUGGCUCAAGUUCCACCGGCACCAGACGGAGAUGAUCAUCACGAAGCAGGGCAGACGGAUGUUCCCAUUCCUCAGUUUUAACAUAGCUGGUCUCAACUUGACAGCGCACUACAAUGUGUUUGUGGAGGUGGUGCUGGCGGAUCCGAACCACUGGAGAUUUCAGGGUGGCAAGUGGGUCACCUGUGGGAAGGCGGACAACAGCAGCCAAGGGAACAAAGUGUAUAUCCAUCCAGAGUCCCCCAACACAGGGGCCCACUGGAUGAGACAAGAAAUCUCCUUCAGCAAACUGAAACUCACCAACAACAAAGGAACAAGUCACAGUACUUCACAGAUGAUUGUGCUGCAAUCCCUGCACAAGUACCAACCGAGGCUGCACAUCAUAGAGGUGACGGAGGACGGGGUGGAGGACAUUAACAGUGACGUAAAGACGCAGAGCUUCACUUUUCCAGAGACCCAGUUUAUAGCUGUCACUGCCUACCAGAACACCGAUAUCACACAGCUGAAAAUUGAUCACAACCCUUUUGCCAAAGGAUUCAGAGAUAAUUAUGAUUCAAUAUACACAGCUCCAGAGAAUGACCGCCUUACGCCAUCUCCAACUGACUCGCCACGUGCUCAUCAGCUUGUCCCCGGUGCCCGCUACACUAUGCAGCCUCUCUUCCAGGACCAGUUUGUCAACAAUCUUCCCCAGAAUCGCUUCUACAACAGUGAGAGAGCAGUACCGCAAAGUCACAGCCUCCUUUCACCUCAGACUGAGGAUGGAGCUUCGCAGAGGUGGUUUGUCACCUCCAUGCAGCAAGGGGGAAAUGGUACUAGCACUAGCAACAAGCUAGAUCUGACACCUUAUGAGGGUGACUACUCAAGUUCCCUGCUUCCUUAUGGUAUCAAAUCCCUGUCCAUGCAAACAUCCCAUGCUCUGAGCUACUAUCCAGACUCUCCUUUCACCACCAUGUCAGCAGGGUGGGGGUCCAGAGCAGCAUACCAGAGAAAGGUCACACCUAGCCUGCCUUGGUCUCCCAGACCUAGUCCAACUGCUGGCUUCCCAGAAUGCUCAGAAAAAGGUAAACCCCAGAUAGAAGAGGAGGCAAACAGUGGUGGAAGCCUAAUCGCCUCCUGGACAGAGACACAGGCAUCAACUCUUUCUCUUGACAAGGCUGAUGUUUAUGCCACAACCUGCAAAAGAAGGCGUUUGUCUCUUAAUGGUCUGAGUACAGAAGACUCAGCCUCUGACAUCAAGUGUGAGGACUUGGUCUCUGCUGCCACUAACGGUAGCUCCUACAGCAAAGAUGCCUCCUCAUCCAAAGGCAUGCCAGCUUAUUAUUCCUUUUACACAAAUCCUUGAAUGUUUUUUUCUCUGUGGCCUCAUUCACUCAUUUUGGUUGUUUUUCAUCUGCCACCAUGAAUAAGACAUAUUAUUUUGCUUUUUGUUAUAUGCACACUAAGAAUUUGUCUUGGUAGUGUUAUUUCUUUCUUUCUUCAUUUUGUAGUGAAAGAAAAUAUCAGAAACAUGAAAAUAAUGACAUUAAUAUUCACAGCAGGCUUUGCUACCUUUAGAUAAAGGCUUAUUUUAUUUUUCCAAAGUCUGGUUUUCUGGAUUAUAUAUUUUUGAGCACCCCAUUUAUGUAAAUCUGUAUAUGUGAAACUUUGAAAGUGCCAAAGCAUUUGCUUGAUUUGCCCCAUUUUUCACAGUGCUAUACUGUAUAUUUUAUCAUUUCAUAAUUAUUGUAUUUGCAUUUACACUUAUGUUCACAGAUUAUUUAUUGAAGGCCUGUUGAUAUGA